AUGGGUCGAAGUAGCACCCGCAGCAGUAGCUCUCGUAGCAGCCGUGGCUACCCGGUGGAACCAGGGACCGCCCAAAAGAAGUACCUCCAAAGUACACACCCCAAACACGCAGAUGAGAAGCUAAAUGAGAAGCUGCGGACUGAAGGCACGUUCGACGAAAAACACUUUGUGGACGAGAAAAAACGAGUCAACAACCCCAGGAGCAAUAAAAUGGCACUACGCCGAGGAAGCAGGGAUGGCAGAAAAACGGAAAGCAAACAAAGCUUAUACUUUUCCAAACCUACGAAAGAAUCUGAUGACAGUUCGCCCAAGAAAAAGUGGUCAGAGAAAGAAAUAGAGGAACUGAUUUUUAAAUAUAAAAAGAAUGACAGUUAUGAAUCUGCUCGGAAAAAAAAACAUUUUGACAAAAGGCACACCUACCAGGAUACGAGGACCAACUACGACUCGCUAAGUUACCGUGGCAAUGUACUCUUUCGCUCGGAAAAUGACCCUAGGGGGGUGUAUUUCGACAGGGGGGUAUCCGCUGCGACUAUGGCGGGCACUACCGCAGCCACUACCGCAGCCACUACCGCAGCUACGACAGCGGCUACGACAGCGGGAGAUGGGGGCAGGGUGGAUGACUACGCUGGUCUGCCCCUUUCAAGCAGAAGAAGACACCACUUGAGGGAUUCCCCCGCCAGGGGAUAUCACCACCGAGUGAGUGAGCACACGGAUUACUACAAAAGAGACAGCAUUAUCAGUGACUUAUCCUGCGCCAGUGGAUUUUUGCCGUCCACGUGCAGGGGGGACUACGAUAGGGAGGAGAGUGCCACACGCGGGGGGAGAGGCACUACCUGGCGAGACUCCCAUAGGUGCACCUCUCUCAAUAGCGACUUCCACCGCGGGGACCCCUCCGUAGACUACUCCAAAUACUCCAAAUGUUACAAAAAGCGGUUAAGUGGAAAUGGGAUCGGAGAUAGUCACAAAAAGGGAAUAAAUCAUAUGAACGAGUCAGGCAAAUCAUCCCCUUUAGGAAAUAAAAACGGAGAGGAAAUUGACCUCACAGGGGAAUAUUCCGACGAGGAAUCCAAGGAGAAAAAAACGUGCCAUAAUUUCUCACAAGAUAAAAAAAAUUUAUAUGAGACUUUUUUCAAUUUAACGAACAAGUAUGAAAAAAUAAAAAACAAGAAAGGGGGCAGCGAUCAGGAGGGGUUCAAAUUAGACGAAGCAGAUCUCAGGUCGAGAAUAAAAUCCUGCAAUGGGGACCAGGAAAGGCAAAAUAGGCUAAUUAGAGAAGACCCCCUACGAAGUGAUAACAUUUUUUCGAGCCAUUUUUACAAAAGUAGAGACUCCAUUUUUGACAAAAACGGGGCAUUAUUCGAUAAAGACAGAAAAAAAAAAAACUAUGCAGAUGUGGCCUAUCUGGAAAAUUACGUAAAAGCGUUUGAUGUGAAGAGAAGCAGAUUUUCUCGGAAGGAUUCUAACCAUAGGGGGGGAAGACUGUUCAAGGGUGUCCCCUACUCUGAUGAUAUUCUCAGGCACAGCUCAGACGAUUCCUGUAGUUAUGAAGUUUGCUCCGUAAGGAAAGGACCCAAAGGAGGUAUACAAGGUAGCAGCUCGGGUGAGCGUGAAGGGGGAAAAAUAACCAGGUCGUUGAGGGGCAGUCCUGUCAAGCCGUUUAGCUCUCCGCACACUUUAGAAGAAGAACCCUUUAGAGGAAGCAUUCCCAAGAGGGGGAAAAACAGCCCUGCAAAUGCACAUUUAGGUGAAAAGACAAAGCCUUUUAAUGCAGACGAUACGGAAGUAUUCUCUAACCAUUUCAAAAACGCACAGCUACGUGAGAGCCCUUUAUCACAUACAUCCAAUGAUUGCUCCACUUUAUAUGAUUAUGUAAGUUACGCCAAAAGGAGAACUAAAGGCUACUGUGAAAGUGACGCCCAUUUGAACAGCUCACCAAGAGGCUAUCACCCCUCUGGUGUUAACGACGUCUGUGCAAAAAGCAGAGAUAGGUUAUCAUCCCUUCUGAGUAAAAUUCAAACAAAAAAAAAUUACAAAAAUGAUGACCAGAAUUUCUCCCAUUUUAAGUCUACCACGUUGAGGGGUUCCUACCUGGACGGGGAUGACGAGACGUUCCCGCUUCAUUCCUACGCCACGAAAAAUACGCACCUUGAGAAAUCCUAUAAGGGGGGUAAUCUGCCCUCCCCUCGGGGGAGACUACCUAGUAGGAGAAGCAGGAGAGGGGAAGAUGACUCUCCUGUCUCUAAGUUAAACAUUCACGAUGAGGUGGAUGUCAAAAAUGUUAGCGAUUCUGUGGGAUACUCUCCCGUUGGUAGUAGAGGAGGCCAUAAUGGUCUCAUCAGUGGGGACGCUAACGAUGGGUCGUACGGAGGGAAAUAUCACCCAGGGGAACUCCCCACAGAUGCACGGAAGCAAAGUGUGCGUAACUCCUGGCGGGAAAAAAAACAGAUAAAGAAUCUGCUGAGCUACGUUUGUGACGAAGGGGGCGGAGAAAGGGACGAGUUUUUAAAAAGCAUAGGAAAGAAAUACCUCUUCACAGAAGGGGAGGAAUUACUAAAUAGUAUUUUGAAAUUGAAAAAAAUGAAAUCAUCCCGACAAGUUGGGGUGGAUGCAGAUGAAGGGGGCUACGAUAGAGAAGAUCCCAAGGAGCGCUACGAAAAGGAACGGACUGCAAAUCACCACAGUUGGAAGUGCAACCCCGCUGGGAGGGGUAGUAGAGCCAACCUGGGCGAGACGGCUUCGUUUAAGUAUUUGAAGAACCGCUCCUACACGAGGCCCAUGCAUGUUGGCGACUUUGAUGUGGGUGGUGUCCCGGCUGCUGAUUGCGCGGAUGGCGUGGAUGGCGUGGAUGGCGUGGAUAGCGGCCACUGUGCAGGUUUAUAUGACCACGGGUAUAGCGGCGAGUACGGCGAAGAACGCAGCGGAGAACGCAGCGCAGAACACAGCAGACAGCACAGCAGACAGCACAGCGGAGAGCGCGCCGACAAGGAGCAGCGGAACCCAAGCCGUCAGGGCUCUCCCUACUACCGCGACGUUUUAUUCCUCCUCUUUCUGUACCUUUUAAAAAUUGUAUGCUGCUUAAUCAGGUACCUUGUGCAGCUUGCACUGCUGCUCGUGGUUUACGCUUAUCACGCGCUGCGCACCAAAUCUCUUGCAACGAUAUUCAUUUCAGUCGUGGUUGCCGUUCCCCUUUUUUUGUUGCUGCUGUCGGUGCUUAUACUGUCCUACAGAAGCGUGAACACGGAGUUUUUCGACCGGGACAUCUGA